AUGGCAUCAGGGGAUAUUCAGGAGCACACGCGCGAUCUAUCCGAGUCAUCCGAGUUGAAUCUCCUAGACCUCUUGUCUAACACGCUUGUCCUCCAACAAACCGUCCCCUACCUGCCUCCCUCCGCGCUCCUAUCCAUCGCAGCGACUUCCAAGCAGUUCCGUAAACUCUUCCUCAAGACCCCCGGCGUCUUUCGACAUCUCGACCUCACUUGCGUCAAAACCGCACAAUUUAACAUCGCUCCGAUCGACAACGGCGGCGAAACCUGGCGCAAUGUACAGCUGGAUGAGAACCUGACUGAAGAUGACUUCUACUCGGGUCCCUUGAGGGGCAUAGCCCACAAUCUACAGAGAGGAGGUAUCCUGAAGGAUGUACACACGCUGGUCCUUGAUGGAUUGUCGGUAACGGCCGAGCUUGUACACGACAUUCUCGUCGAUCCAAGCUACAAUGUCCGCAUCCUCUCGAUCCGCGAGGCCAAGAAUUUGAACGAGCGCAAGUUGAUGCAGUCACUGAGCUAUGCCUGCCGCAGGACAAGGCCCGACGGGUCACCCAAGCUGAGAGGUCUUUAUGUGUUCGGGAAGCGAGACAUGCCGGCUUCUGCAUUGGCAUCGACCCGGACUCCGUCCGCAGCAUCGACACCUUCGGUGCGCAGCUCGGAAAUCGGCAUCAACUGGAAUCGCAAGUCUUCAAAUACGCUUUACGCGGGUUUAUGCACCGAACAGGACGAUUGGUACGAGAAGAGGGGUCGCAUCAUUUCCAGCCCUAUUGCCCACGGCUGGGCCAAGAUCCUGUUGGAGUGCCGCGACGCCAUUUGUUUUGAUGCGGUUCUCUGCACUGGCCCAAGGCAUGCCAACUCAGCUGCCUACGGUCGCGUCCCAGUUUCCCCGGUCCCUGGUGUCACGAACCCGCAACUCUGGAACGUAGCGACUUUCGCCAUGUCUGGAUGCGCUACCUGUGGUUCUGCUCCUGAGGGUUUUACCGUCUACGGAGACUCUGCGACGGAGGAGCUGCCUCUGCUAGCACCUGUGCCAUUGCAUUCUUCGAACGUCAAAGCGGCGUCGAUUCCCAACUCGGCAAGCUCAGGAGCAGCAGACGCUGAAAAGCCACGAUUUGUACCCCGAUGCUGGGACUGCAUUCGUGACCGCUACUGCUUCAGCUGCGAGCAAUGGUGGUGCGAGGCAUGCUACCAGGUCCCUUCGUCCUCUGAACUCAACAGUCACACCCGCAAGAUUACACGAAGCUGCUGGGAAUGCGAGAACAACUGCUUAGAUUGCAUCGCGCACACCCAGCGCCGCUGUAAAUCCUGCGGCGGCGGGUAUUGCAUAAUCCACUACGAUGGGUCCACGAUGACUCUGUGUGACUGGUGUUCGACUCGCGGCCGCCGGAUUCGGGAGCUGUAUUAG